AUGGCGCGUCCCAAAGCGGUGCGCGCCCCGACAACAGCCAGUCUUCCAAAUAACCUCCGCAUUCCCUCAUCGACUCCAUCCCUCACAAAAUCCUUCGGAAAGCUAUCCAGACAAGCACUACUAGAUCUAGCAUUUACGUGGCUUGAUGAUCGCAACGUCGCCUCAUUCCCACCAUACUUGCAGACCAACGAUGAUGGCCCCGACGAUGACGAUGCCCUCCCCUACCCUGCGGGGAAGACAACCGAAGAAGUCCGCCAGGUGUAUGAAGAUCUGCAGGAUCGAAAAGGUGCAAAGCGCGAAGUUAUUGAACGAAUCCUAGAAGGCGACUGGCGGCAUGGAAUCACACUGCGCCAGCUGGCCAUGGCAGACCUUCGCUAUAUGGACGACCACCCAGCCAGCCUUCGAUGGACUGCACUCGAGCUUAGUCGUAUUGAUACAAAGCGCAAGAACUCCAAAGGUCUGCCACCCCCUGACUGGUCCGGUUCUGUACCGCGCAUGCAAGCGGCAACAUUUGUGCAAAACCUCCAACGAGAAAUCUCCCCAUUGGUCAAGGCCCACUACCACCUCGCCCACUCGGCUACACUGCCGCUGACAUUCCUACGUAUCUUUGUUGUUGACUCGCCAUAUCAAUCCCCCAGACAGGCAGCCGAGAUCUUCACUGACUCGUCCCGAGUCAUCUACGUCGCUUUCCCGGACAGUUGCCCUUACGUCUACACGUCCAUAGCAGCAUCCACCGGAUCAAGAUCUGCUCCUUCAGCAAGCUCUGUGGCUACUGACACUCGAACCCUUCAGCGUCUGGUGCGCGAUUCCAUUCCCAAAGCUUUAUCCCGCCCACAUGAACGAUUCUCUCUGCAGGUGACAUCCCUGGCAGCCAAGAAUCUGCCCACACUCCUAGCCCUCCGUGGCCCCGGACGACCAACGGCCUCGAAUGGCGCCUUUAGCAUCUUUGCAGACGCAGCCACUGAAGGAAGUCCGUUGGACCCUCGGCCCUCUAAUACAGUCUCGCCUGAAGAGCAUAUCCGAGCGAGUUAUUCCAGCCCAACAGAAGGAAAAGAAAACACAAAUGGCCCGGCGAGCAAACGAAGAUCCAGCGGUAUUGAUACAUCCCCCCUUUCUCCGGAUUCGAAGAAACGCCGUCUGUCCAUCCACUCCCGAUUCGGCACAUUGGGGUCAUCACUCGCCCCGGCACCGCUGGACCGACUUGAUAUCCGGCUCCUCGACAAACCGGGCUCUAGUGAUGAACAAUAUGAUGAUGACGUUGAUGAUUCUACCUUCACGCCACCCGCCUUGUCACUGACUUUCUCUGGCUCCGACGUCAUCGGCGGGAUUCGCAAACUUGCUGAGCUAGGUAUCGUUGACCCUGAGCGUAUGCCGUCGUGGAUGACUGGCGAGGAAGGCGUUAGUGUCGCGACUGUUCGACUGGGCCGACGGCUUCAAAAGGAUAUAUAG